AUGGGGAAGAGGAUGAAUGAGAGCGUUGCUAAGGAUGCAUCCCCACCACGGGGAUUGUCACUGGCGCCAAGACCACUGCAGGGAGAGCUGAGAGUUGGCCAGGAGACUCAUCACAAGAUGGAGAGUAGCGGCAGCAGCAAGGAGGCGCUGAUGAUGGAGGCACCCCCGGUUUACACGGCAUCCCCCAGGCUCCUUGGACAACCUUGCAAGAAGCUCUUGAUUGUGGUGGUGGUGGUGGUGGUGGCAGUCUUGUUUUUUCUGAGCUUCCUACUGGUGGGGCUGCAUAUGACAGAGAAGCACACUGAGAUGGUCCUGCAAAUGACCAUACAAGGCCUAGAUGGGGAAGGCUCCCCACAGCACCUUUCCAUGAGCAGGAAGGAGCGGCUGGCAACCUUCCAUGUCAACAUGGCCAACUCUUCUGCCAUCAUGGUGUAUGACUACAGUAAUCUCCUGAUUGGCUGCAGAUCCUGGCCGGGAGAAUCCCGCUGCUACGUCAGCAGAAUGAAGAAAGAAAACAUACAAAGCCUGGAUGCUGCCAUCAAGGCAUUCCAGCAUGCUCAGCUCAGGCCUCUCAUGCCACCCCUCAAAGAGAGUGAGGAGGAAAUGGAAGGGCUCUCUGUGCCACUGGCUGACCGUCCUGUCCUGGGCACCACAAUUAACAUCCUCUGCAGCAGCGUCCCCAUCUACUGGGCUUAAAGGAGACAAGCAGGUCUGACAGAUGUGAAGACCAGGAACCAAACUGAACUUGCCUACCAGCCAUGACAACUCGACUUCCUGCAGCAGUAUGCUCCCAGAGAGAGAGAGAGAGAGAGAGAGAGAUUCCUGGAAUUACUCCUUGGGGACCCUAACUCUUACUCUGAGAUAGCGCAAUAGUUAUUAUUUUCUUUCUCUUUUUUGAUCAAUAGUUCUUCAUACAACAACACUCUUUUGCCAGAGUCCUCCUGGCAUCAGGAUACAAACUUAAUCCUCAACCACUUGCCAAGUCCUUCCUAGCACACAGAGCCACAUUUGACAGACAAAUGGAUUUAACCAUUGUUAGACCAAAACAUUUAUGGGGAUAGACAGAGCACCUUUCAUGGGGAAAAGCUCAAAAGCAGAGGACCUGCUCCGCAUCCAGAAGGUUCCAGGUUUAAUCCCUGAUACCUCCAGGUAAGGCAGGGAAAGUCUCCUCCUGUCUGAAAACUUGGACAGCUGCUGUCAGUCAGUAGAGAAAAUUCUAAGGUAGAUAGAUCAGACUCAGUGUUCAGGCAGCAGCUUACUGUGUCAAGACUGGAGAUGGGAGAUUGAUUGAAUGCUCCGCUAUGCACUGCACAGACAAAAGUAGCGCAGUAGGACUCUCCAUGUCCACCUUGUAUGUGCAGGAUGUUAUUUCAGUACAUACAGAGAGUUUUAUAUUGGGCAUUAUUCAAACUACUUGCAUUUCAACAGCUGCAGAGAUAGCAGAACACUGCGGAUCGUGUACCUUGGGUCUAAGCAACUGGGGGUUCAAGGCACAGGAAAAAACACAUUUUAUUUACGAAAACCUUUUAAUCUAUUUGUAUAAGAAGAAUUCUUCAAAGUCAUUAGCUGCUGAUAUCAGUGACGUACACCUUUUCACUGUAUGUUUUGUCUGUCAUUUGUUGCCAUCUGCUGGUUAUAUUUCUUUUAUAAUGCUA